AUUUGUCACAACUGCUGUUCAUUACCGUCUUGCGUAGUGUAAGGUUCUUUCUACAUGUUAGACAUGGAGGACGACACCAUGGAGGCUCGCAGCACACAUGAGUUUAACUUAAGUCCUGUGACAGGAAGUACGGCGAGCGGAGACUUCAGCAACAGCGAGGAGCAGUGGGCGUGGCUGCGAGACGUCCGCCGCCAAUUGCGAGCCGACUCCGCAGCUAUGGAUCCCGUGGCAGAACUGCGCAUGCCGUCCACAAAACGCAGCGUCUCGCCCUUGCGUAUGCCAUGGGGUGGAAACCAUAAAGUCCCUCCAAGAGAUCCAAUGGAUGUACUAAAGUCUUGCAUUCUCUACAAACAGAUGAAGGCAGAAGAGAGACGGCAGCAAUACAUUGAACAAAAGAUAUACAACACAAGAUUAAAACUCCAGAGAAACUAUUUACAUUUGGCAGAUUCAUCUGAAAUAUUCAAGGAUUUGUAAAGCUCACAAAUAGUACUAUGAAGUUUGCAGUUUCAUUUUGUGUCACAAUCCAAGACUUCUAUUAGUAACAGAAUCAAACACAUGGUGUCUGAGAGAAAUUUCUGUAGUUAAAUUCUUGUGUUUCUUUUGUAAUUCUUUA